CGUCAAUUGUCAAAAUACGUUUGACUCGAGUGAAAACUGAAAUCACGCAAAAUGCUAAAUGUUCGUGAAAUGCGGUAUUUUAAUAAAAUAGACAUGAGUCAUGUUUACAUCUAAAUAUUUAUAUAAAUCACGCUUAUUUGUACAAAUCAUGAAAUGAAAUCUAACAGGAAAACUAAUAGAAACAUGAACGUUGGAGUAAUGAAAAAUACCUUUCUAAUUUGUAUUUGUUUCUAAUUUAAAAAAGCCUGAGAACAAAGAACACAAUGUUUUCACAAAAUGUGGAAAACAGGCAUGGGCCGCCGGGGGUCAAUUCGCGAUCCUUGACUGCUGCUCAAUCAGCUGCUGAGUUGGAGGUCCUUAAAGAAAUAGAGCAUGUAUAUUUUUCACCACCAUCUGAAUUCGAUGCGGCGAAAUAUGCUUUAGAGAACGCCCCAUCACCGUUGAAUUGUGAUGAAAUAGAACAGAUGUUCACCAAGCUCAAACGGCAGCAGCAGGUGGUUUCUGGUAAAGCGCUUCAUCUCAUAUCACAGCAACGCGACAACUGUGAUCGGGAAUUCGAAGAGAUACAGAACAUCAAAGAGCAAUUGGCUCAAACGGUAGAAACGUGCAAAAAAGCGCGGGAAAAUCUACGUAUCGCUUCCAACCAUCUCACCGUUUCCACCUUCGUUAUUCUAGCUAAUGUUAGAAAGAGACAGAUAAUAAAAUCGGUGCUCAAAUCGCUCGAAUUACUCAGAAGUUUGAGAAGCGUCGAAACGGAUGUCGCUGAUCUGUUGGUGAAGAAAGAGUAUUAUGAAGCCAUAGAGCUAAUACUGAAGAGCAAGAAAGCGGCCGCAAACCAUAAAGAAUACACUUGCAUCGCGGAUCUAGCAUCUAGGUUGCAAGAUACCCUCGAUAUGACUGAGGAGAAAUUGGAUUCAGUGCUAUCCGGCAUUUGUUAUAACUUCGAUGAGGAUGUCUUCAUGAAAUUAAAGAAGGCGUACGAUCUCUUGGGGAAAACUCAAGCGGCCAUGGAACAGUUACAUAUGCACUACUCGUCGGCUGUUAACGAAUCGGCCAUAGAGGCGAUCAAACCGUUCCUCAACGACACGUCAGAAAUGAAAUUUCAAGAGAUGUGCCAAGCCGUGUUGACAAAUAAAGCGCCGGGUUGUCUAUUGAACUUGUGCGAAAAGUUAUUUCAAGUGAUGCGAAGUUACUAUCUCCUAGUCAAUUGGUACGCGAGACACGACGAAGCCGCGCCCAGUUCGUCAAAUGUUUUCGAUAUAGAAAAAAACGUCAGUCGGGAAUACAUAAAGCAGAAGUUAAAAGCUGGCCUCAUUCGGAUAUGGCAUGACGUACAAGCGAAAGUGUCCACAUUCCUCAAGAGUUCAGGGUUAGAGGAGUAUCCGUUUGAGAAGUUCAUACAAAUGCUGGGAAUCUUGAGGAAGUUGACGCAGGUCGCGGAAGUGUUUUGCGGCGAUACGUCCGACCUCCUGCAGGAUUUCAUUAAGACGCAAAGCGUUUCGUACAUAAAGAACUAUCACAAGGGGAGGAUGGAGGAGUUGAAGUUGUUCCUAGAAAACGAAGGUUGGGAACAGUGUCCGGUGAAAUCUACCUUUACGCUGCUGAAUCUGCAAGAGUUCAAACAGUUCAGGAGGUAUUUUAAGACGAAAUCGGACGUGAUCGUGAAAAGCUCGCAGUCCGACACUACGUCCUCUGUCCACUCGCAGGAUGACAGUAUGUACAUAUCGAAAUAUUUCACGCAGAAAACGUCAAGGACGCCCUUCGAAAUAUUCCGCAACGAUGACGUUACGAACGAUGACAUAUUUGGCCUCGAGCCAGAAUCUGAGCCGAGUGAUGAAUCUGACGAAGAACCGGAUGAGUUGAGACGAGAUUUCGUGGACGACGCCGAUAGGAACGAAUACGUCACGAAUAGCCCAUCGAAAGUCAAACAUAGCAUAAUAGUUACGAACACAACGCUGUCGGUGCUAAGAAACUGCGGUCAGUACUUGCAGAUCAGUAGAUAUUUGCCCCAAAUCUCGCUGGAAGUUAUAAUGUUAAUGAACCAACUGUUCGAUUAUUAUUUUUACGCGGUCCAUUUGUUCUUCACGUCGGACCUCGAGGUCUCCUCGUCAACGCUAUACACGGCGAAGUUGAACGCGGCGUUGAAACGUAUUUCCAACAGUAUAUACGGAGAGGACAAGACUUACGAUAGCCCAAACGUUCCGCAGCACUUGGAUAUGAACAGCGAAGCGAAUUUGCACGGUCUGAGCGAACGCAUAGUGGGCGUCGAGAGCGUGAUAUUCCUUGCGAAGCAAUUUGAAACGUUACAACCGUACUUAGAGUCGAUAGUCGCACAGCACCAAAAGAUGAUCCUAGAACAUUUUAGAGAUAACACCCUAGCGGUUGUUACGAAUUUACGUAUGCCCGUGUACAUGUGUUCCGCGUCCAAAGCGCUUGACGCUAGAUCAGCGCUGAUAGCGAUGUCCCAAGUGCGGUGGGACGUCAAAAACGUUGCGGUGGAACAUAGUCCGUACGUUGAUAUGAUAACCCGGAAAAUUCAAGUGUUCGCAUUAAGGCUGGAGAAUAUAUCGUCGAAGAUAACUCUCAAUUUUGAGGUUAUAAACUCGAUCUGGGCAAUGGUCUCAAAGUUCAUAGUGCAUUUGUUGGUGGAGGGGUUUUCGAAUGCGACGAAAUGCUCCAACGGCGGUCGGGGGUUGAUGCAAUUGGACUAUAGGCAGUUAUUUGUCAAACUGGAAAAGAUUUCCGGUCUUAAACCGGUGCCCUACCAGGAAUACGUCGAUAGAUACGUGAAAGCGUAUUAUUUGCCUCGGAAUGAGCUGGAAUCUUUCGUCAGGGAGCACGUGGAAUACUCGAAUAAGCACCUACUCGCGCUGAUAGGGUCCGCCUGUGAAAAUAGGAAGGAUAAACAAGCCCUUAUAGCCAUUGUUGAGAGUCGGGAAUCGUCUGCGUAGUAAGGACUGCGUUUUUCCAUUAAGUGAAGCAAUUUACUUGGUAAAUGUUUGGCAUAACGGUCAUAAACAUCGUUUAACUCAAGUAAAGGAUAGAUCUGUGAAGAAAAUAAUUUGGAAAGAGAAAAAGACUGCAUAAUAUCUGGAUGUGUCACAUGCGCAUUCCUCCUAAUUCUAAAUCGGAAUAUGACACGUUAGACAACUUGCUCUAUCUAGUAAUCUUUGGUCUUAGGUCGUUGGUAAAUCUUGUAAAUGUCACAAA